GCCUUUUCUCUAUGCUACUCUAUCUCUGUCCUCGCCAUAAAGAGCAGCCGCUGCUCGCAAGUCGCAGCCAGCAGGCACACCAUUUACCACCGCCGCGCCGACGCCUACAGCGCAAUCAGUUCCUGUACGCCGGAAAGCAGCAGGUGAGCUACACCGUAAGCUCACGGCGAUCUUGCCCGGCGCAUGGAGCACGCCGCGGCCCCCUUCCUCGAACCGCGAGAACCGGCACCGCCGAAGACGGUGCAGCUGGGCCAGCCCGGAUGGGCGGUCUGGGCGAUCCUCUCGCUCGUCACCGGCGGUUUCGCGUGGGGACUGUACCGCGCGCGCCACGACGCGCACGACCUCGUGUCCGUGGUCGGCGACUACUGCAUCACCUACUACGGCCUCUGGCUGCUCUACGUCUGCCUGAGGAAGCACCAGCUCCUGCGGGGCGACGACGACGACCCGGCGGCCGCGACCGAGCUGCGACGGGUCAGGAUCGUCCCGUGGGCGAUCUCGCUGUUCCUGAGCUUCCCCAUGGCGCUCUCCGUCCCCAGCACGGUGCCGAGCCUCCAGCCGAAGUUCGGCAUGUGGGUGCUCGCCGUGCUCGCCAUAGGCCUCGGGCUCUACUUCGCGGUUGCCGCCCGCCGCAGCGAUGUUGCCCGUGUGGGCGACGACAACCCGGCGGCCGCGACAGAGCUGCGACGGGCCAGGCUUGUCCCGUGGGCGAUCUCGCUGUAUCUGGGCUGGUGGAUGUGGUUGCUCGUCCUGAACGCGGUGCCGAGCCUGGCGCCGCCCUUCGGCCUAUGGGUGUUCGGCGUCCUCGUCAUGGUCCUCGGGCUCUACUUCUUGGAUGUCGCCUGCCGCAGCGAUGCACGUGUGGACGACGACGACGACGGACGCCGGCCGGAGCCGGAGGAGGUUCUCCACGACCACCAGCUGUCUCCGGAGCACAGGGUUUGAGCUAUACACGUGGAAAUCCAUGACCACUUGUUGUUCAUUUAUGCACAGUUUGACUGAUCACUAUACGCCAUCAACGAAUGUGUUGUUUAAGAUUCAAGCACACAACAAAAAACUAUACAUGCGUGCUUACAAGGAGACCUACAUGUACUAUCCAGGGAAGAAGAAGAAAGAGGAGGACUGAUUGGACUGAAACAAUGUAAACCAAGAAAUUAGUUCAGGAUGGAUGAUUACCUGCUGGAAGAUCUCAGGUCGCUCGCCAUAACGACUCCGUACGUCGUUUGGCUACCGUCCAUGGCUCUAUCUCUCCUGAUCCGGCGGUCAUCAGCUGCCUCGUCUCUGGCUGACGGUGCGAUCUGGCCGGAGUGCCAUGGCCUCUCCUCUCCUCUCCGAGCAAGAGUCAAAGUCUAAGUCAUAGUCACACGCGCAAUCCACACGCGGUGUGUGAGGAGAGCUCUUUACUUAUAGAGUCGACUUGCAGAUGUUUCAAUUUUGAGGAGGGAGGUGUGAGCGGGAAGGAGAUGAUGGGUUGGUGCUAAUUUCGCUUCUCUCUUGAUCACCUUCCCGUUCGUUUCUUGUGGGGAGCUAGAUGAGUGGCUGGGAUUUACCUUGCCAUGGAUCGGUGACGUGUACAAUACAUGCACGACCGUGCUGAACCAAGUCAAUUAAAUUCAUGGUGAUUAAAUGACUUGUGGUUACCGGGUAUACAUGACGAGCGGAUCAGCUCUAUGGAGGUAUUUAAUAUAGACACGGAUACGCAGGACGGACGGCUCGGUU